GGCGGCGAGGCGGGGGCGCGGCGAGCAUGGCGGACCGCAGCCUGGAGGGCAUGGCGCUGCCCCUGGAGGUGCGGGCCCGCCUGGCCGAGCUGGAGCUGGAGCUGUCGGAAGGUGACAUCACACAAAAAGGCUAUGAAAAGAAGAGGUCGAAACUAAUUGGAGCCUACCUGCCCCAGCCUCCGACAGCGAAUGGAGCUGCCGUGGUCCGGUGUAGACUGCAGCACAGUGAAGGAGCCCCACGGAGAGCGCUGCACUGUGGCAACAUCGGGGUGUGCGACAUCCGAGACGCCGCGGUCCGAGAGCGGGCGGCCAGCACCGCGGGAAACCGGCCUCUGUUUUACUUUCGUUUCGGGGUGGAUCAAGCUUUGCCUCCAGAGCGCCGUGCUCCAGUCACUCCCUCCUCUUCCUCUCGCUAUCACCGCCGAAGGUCCUCAGGGUCACGAGAUGAGCGCUAUCGGUCAGAUGUCCACACAGAAGCUGUUCAGGCAGCGCUUGCUAAACACAAAGAGAGGAAGAUGGCAGUGCCCAUGCCCUCCAAACGCAGGUCCUUGGUUGUACAGACCUCGAUGGAUGCCUACACACCCCCAGAUACCUCCUCUGGUUCAGAAGAUGAAGGCUCAGUGCAGGGGGACUCUCAGGGGACCCCCACCUCCAGCCAGGGCAGCAUCAACAUGGAGCACUGGAUCAGCCAGGCCAUCCAUGGUUCCACGACCUCCACAACCUCCUCUUCCUCCACCCAGAGCGGGGGCAGCGGCGCCGCCCACAGGCUGGCCGACGUCAUGGCCCAGACACACAUAGAAAAUCACUCCGCACCUCCUGAUGUAACCACUUACACCUCAGAACACUCAAUACAAGUAGAAAGGCCCCAAGGCUCUACAACGUCGCGGACGGCACCAAAGUAUGGCAAUGCUGAGCUCAUGGAAACGGGAGACGGCGUGCCUGUGAGUAGCCGGGUAUCAGCAAAGAUCCAACAGCUUGUCAACACCCUCAAACGACCCAAGAGGCCACCUUUGCGGGAAUUCUUUGUUGACGAUUUUGAAGAAUUAUUAGAAGUUCAACAACCAGAUCCCAAUCAGCCAAAGCCAGAGGGAGCCCAGAUGUUGGCGAUGCGUGGGGAGCAGCUGGGUGUGGUUACGAAUUGGCCCCCAUCCUUAGAAGCCGCAUUACAGCGAUGGGGAACCAUCUCACCAAAGGCCCCUUGCUUGACCACAAUGGACACAAAUGGGAAACCACUAUAUAUCCUCACUUACGGCAAACUGUGGACAAGAAGUAUGAAGGUUGCGUACAACAUUCUGCAUAAAUUAGGUACAAAACAAGAGCCCAUGGUGCGACCUGGAGAUAGGGUGGCACUGGUGUUCCCCAACAACGACCCUGCUGCCUCCAUGGUGGCCUUCUACGGCUGCCUGCUGGCCGAAGUCGUCCCUGUGCCCAUCGAGGUCCCGCUCACGAGAAAGGAUGCAGGGAGCCAACAGAUCGGAUUCUUACUUGGAAGCUGUGGAGUGACUGUGGCCUUGACUAGCGAUGCUUGCCACAAAGGACUGCCAAAAAGCCCAACAGGGGAGAUCCCACAGUUCAAAGGUUGGCCAAAGCUGUUGUGGUUUGUCACAGAGUCAAAACAUCUCUCCAAACCUCCUCGAGAUUGGUUCCCACAUAUUAAAGAUGCAAACAAUGACACUGCUUACAUCGAGUACAAGACCUGCAAGGAUGGAAGUGUGCUGGGGGUGACCGUCACUAGGAUUGCCCUGCUGACCCACUGCCAGGCCCUCACUCAAGCCUGUGGCUAUACAGAAGCUGAGACAAUUGUGAAUGUGCUGGAUUUCAAGAAAGACGUGGGACUUUGGCAUGGAAUCCUGACGAGUGUCAUGAACAUGAUGCAUGUGAUCAGCAUCCCGUACUCGCUGAUGAAGGUGAACCCUCUGUCCUGGAUUCAGAAGGUCUGCCAGUACAAAGCGAAGGUGGCUUGUGUAAAAUCCAGGGACAUGCACUGGGCAUUAGUGGCACACAGGGAUCAGAGAGACAUCAAUCUCUCCUCUCUCCGGAUGCUGAUUGUGGCCGACGGCGCAAACCCCUGGUCUAUUUCUUCCUGCGAUGCAUUUCUCAAUGUCUUCCAGAGUAAGGGCCUGCGGCCGGAGGUCAUCUGUCCUUGUGCCAGCUCCCCUGAGGCGCUCACUGUGGCCAUCCGGAGACCCACAGAUGACAGCAACCAGCCGCCGGGCCGAGGUGUUCUCUCCAUGCAUGGGCUCACCUACGGGGUCAUCCGGGUGGAUUCAGAAGAGAAGCUGUCUGUGCUCACCGUGCAGGACGUUGGCCUCGUGAUGCCUGGAGCUAUCAUGUGUUCAGUGAAGCCGGACGGGAUUCCCCAACUGUGUAGAACAGAUGAAAUCGGGGAGCUCUGUGUGUGCGCGAUCGCCACGGGCAUGUCAUACUAUGGCCUCUCCGGCAUGACCAAGAACACCUUCGAGGUGUUCCCUGUGACGAGCUCGGGAGCCCCGGUCAGCGAGUACCCCUUCGUGAGGACAGGCCUGCUGGGCUUCGUUGGCCCUGGAGGCCUCGUCUUUGUGGUGGGCAAGAUGGACGGGCUUAUGGUGGUCAGUGGGCGUAGACACAAUGCCGACGACAUCGUGGCCACGGCGCUGGCGGUGGAGCCCAUGAAGUUCGUCUACAGGGGAAGAAUAGCAGUGUUUUCGGUGACCGUCCUACACGACGAGAGGAUAGUGAUUGUGGCCGAGCAGAGGCCGGACUCCACGGAGGAAGACAGCUUCCAGUGGAUGAGCAGGGUGCUCCAGGCUAUCGACAGCAUACAUCAAGUUGGAGUUUACUGCCUGGCCUUGGUUCCAGCAAACACCCUCCCCAAAACCCCACUUGGUGGGAUCCAUUUAUCAGAAACGAAGCAGCUUUUCCUGGAGGGCUCACUUCACCCCUGCAACGUCCUGAUGUGCCCCCACACCUGUGUCACGAACCUGCCCAAACCUCGACAGAAGCAACCAGAAAUUGGCCCCGCCUCUGUGAUGGUGGGGAACCUGGUGUCUGGGAAGAGGAUUGCACAGGCCAGCGGCAGGGACCUGGGUCAGAUAGAAGACAAUGACCAGGCCCGCAAGUUCCUGUUCCUGUCAGAAGUCCUGCAGUGGAGAGCCCAGACCACCCCUGACCACGUCCUGUAUACGCUGCUCAACUGUAGGGGUACAAUAGCGAACUCGCUGACGUGUGUCCAGCUUCACAAACGAGCCGAGAAGAUAGCGGUGAUGCUGAUGGAAAGGGGGCACCUGCAGGAUGGGGACCACGUAGCUCUCGUCUACCCACCAGGAAUAGACCUUAUCGCAGCCUUCUAUGGCUGCCUGUACGCAGGCUGCGUGCCAAUCACCGUUCGUCCUCCACACCCGCAGAACAUCGCUACAACGCUGCCCACCGUAAAGAUGAUCGUAGAGGUGAGUCGCUCUGCCUGCUUGAUGACAACACAACUGAUCUGUAAAUUGUUACGGUCCAGGGAGGCAGCUGCGGCCGUAGACAUCAGGGCCUGGCCCCCCAUACUGGACACAGAUGAUUUGCCAAAGAAGCGGCCUGCCCAGAUCUACAAACCUUCCAACCCAGACACGCUAGCUUAUCUUGACUUUAGUGUGUCCACAACGGGGAUGCUAGCUGGAGUAAAGAUGUCUCACGCAGCCACCAGUGCCUUUUGCCGUUCUAUUAAACUGCAGUGUGAGCUCUACCCCUCUAGAGAAGUGGCCAUCUGCCUGGACCCUUACUGUGGACUUGGGUUUGUCCUGUGGUGCCUCUGCAGUGUCUACUCUGGGCACCAGUCCAUUCUUAUCCCACCUUCGGAGUUGGAAACCAAUCCAGCCUUGUGGCUUCUUGCUGUGAGUCAGUACAAAGUCCGGGAUACGUUUUGCUCCUAUUCGGUGAUGGAACUUUGUACCAAGGGACUGGGCUCGCAGACUGAAUCCCUCAAGGCACGAGGGUUGGACUUGUCCCGUGUGCGGACGUGUGUGGUUGUUGCAGAAGAGCGGCCUCGAAUAGCACUCACCCAGUCCUUCUCGAAGCUGUUUAAAGACCUAGGCCUCCAUCCUCGGGCUGUCAGCACCUCCUUUGGCUGCAGAGUGAAUCUGGCCAUUUGCUUGCAGGGGACCUCGGGACCUGACCCAACCACCGUCUAUGUUGAUAUGAGAGCCCUGAGACAUGACAGAGUCCGUUUAGUAGAAAGAGGAUCUCCUCAUAGCUUGCCCCUGAUGGAAUCAGGAAAAAUACUUCCAGGUGUUCGGAUUAUAAUUGCCAAUCCAGAAACAAAAGGACCAUUGGGUGAUUCACACCUGGGUGAGAUCUGGGUUCACAGUGCCCACAAUGCCAGUGGUUACUUCACUAUUUAUGGAGAUGAGUCCCUCCAGUCAGAUCACUUCAACUCAAGAUUAAGUUUUGGAGACACGCAGACAGUCUGGGCACGAACAGGCUAUUUGGGGUUCCUGCGGAGAACUGAGCUCACAGAUGCCAAUGGAGAGCGCCACGACGCCCUCUACGUGGUGGGGGCCCUGGAUGAAGCCAUGGAGCUGCGGGGCAUGCGGUACCAUCCGAUAGACAUUGAGACAUCCGUCAUCAGAGCCCAUAAAAGCGUGACAGAGUGUGCGGUGUUCACCUGGACAAAUUUGUUGGUGGUGGUGGUUGAGCUGGAUGGGUCGGAGCAGGAAGCAUUGGACCUGGUCCCCCUGGUGACCAACGUGGUGCUGGAAGAGCACUACCUGGUGGUGGGGGUGGUGGUCGUGGUGGACAUCGGCGUCAUCCCCAUCAACUCCCGGGGGGAGAAGCAGCGCAUGCACCUACGAGACGGGUUUUUGGCCGACCAGCUGGACCCCAUCUACGUGGCAUACAACAUGUAGUCUUGUCUCUGGCUCCUGGGACUUUUCCAGAGAUGUAAACAUUUUUCUCAGUGUCACUAAAGUGUGCAGACGCCAGGGCGACGUUCGCCAGAGUGGAGCCUCUUGUCACGCGCUGGUGAGGACGAGACGAGCCGCAGCAGCCCUGGCCGCGUGGGGUGAGGUGUGGAUGUGCCACUCAAGUUUGCUCAGAAGGACCUUGGAUUACUGCCUUCGGUUUGUUGGAAAAGCCCAUUUCGAAACUUUCUUUUCUUUUUUUUUUAAUUAUUGGAUAAUAAGUGCUUUCUUCGUAAAUGUGGUAUUUUGUUAAAGCCAAAAUAGCAAUUAAAAAAAAAAAUAUUCUGCCCUCCA